CUGUUAUUUCCCACAGCGGAGAGCCAAGAAGAUUACCGGCGCGAGGAAGGCAGGAGAGGAAAAAGAAGACGCUACUUCUGACUAGUAGAAGUAGGGGACUUUGCGUCUGAAACAUUAGGGAAAAAGAAUACCGCACUGGCUGCUGAAUCAUAGACUAACAUGUCAGCAUAUGAAUGAAACCAGAACUAUGAAAGCGCGUGGACAUUUGAGCUUUACCUUUCAUAGAGAGACAAAUAGGUGACUGAGCGUAUAGGAUUACAAUAGUCGCACCCAGACUAUUAUAGUUCUUAGGCAGAAAAAGGGGACCGUCCGAAAGUCAUGGAGUAUAGAGUAGAAAUAAAAAAUUAGCUAGCGUCAAAAGAUUAAAGAAGACGGCCAAAAAUAAAUUGCUUGGAGCAGCUGGAACCUGUUAAAGAAUGGAUUUUAGCUCUAUUCGCAAGUUCAUCACCAGAUGGUGUGCUGGAGAGGAGAACUGGGUGGACACCAGGACGGUGUACAUCGGAAACAAGGAGCCCCCACCGGGAGCGGAGGCCUACAUUCCCCAGAGGUACCCCGACAACCGCAUCAUCUCCUCCAAGUACACCUUCUGGAAUUUUGUUCCGAAGAAUUUGUUUGAGCAGUUUAGAAGAAUUGCCAAUUUCUACUUCCUCAUCAUAUUUCUUGUCCAGUUGAUAAUUGACACUCCCACCAGUCCCAUCACCAGCGGACUACCUCUCUUCUUUGUCAUCACUGUCACGGCCAUCAAACAGGGCUAUGAGGACUGGCUCAGGCACAAAGCAGACAAUGCUAUUAACCAGUGUCCUGUGCACGAGGUGCAGCAUGGGAAGGUGAUCAGGAAACAGAGUCGUAAGCUGAGGGUGGGUGAUGUGGUGCUGAUCAAGGAAGAUGAGACGUUCCCCUGUGACCUCAUCCUUCUCUCCACCAGUAGGGAGGACGGGACCUGUUUUGUCACCACAGCCAGUCUGGACGGGGAGUCCAGUCACAAGACCUACUAUGCUGUGCAGGACACUAAGGCCUUCAUCACAGAGGAGGAUUUCGAUACUCUACAGGCUUCUAUUGAAUGUGAACAACCACAACCAGACCUCUACAAAUUCGUGGGCCGAAUCAAUAUUUAUUCAGACAGAAACGAGCCCAUCGCGAGGCCUUUGGGAUCUGAGAACCUACUUCUCAGAGGGGCGACACUGAAAAACACACAGCACAUAUAUGCUGUUGCCAUCUACACUGGUAUGGAGACCAAGAUGGCGCUCAACUACCAGUCCAAGUCCCAGAAACGCUCUGCAGUGGAGAAGUCAAUGAAUGCGUAUCUGAUAGUGUACCUGUGCAUCCUGAUCAGCAAGGCUCUGAUCAACACAGUGCUGAAGUAUGUGUGGCAGGCUGACCCGGACAAAGACGAGCCCUUCUACAACCAGAAGACUGACACAGAGAGGCAACGCCAUAUAUUGAUCCGGGCGUUCACAGACUUCCUGGCCUUCAUGGUGUUGUUUAAUUACAUCAUCCCUGUGUCCAUGUACGUUACCGUGGAGAUGCAGAAGUUCCUGGGGUCCUACUUCAUCAUGUGGGAUGAUGAGAUGUUUGACGAGGAACUGGGAGAGAGGGCUCAGGUUAACACAUCUGACCUCAAUGAAGAACUGGGACAGGUGGAGUACGUGUUUACAGACAAGACAGGCACCCUGACAGAGAACAACAUGGAGUUUAUAGAGUGCUGUGUGGACGGCUAUGUUUACGUUCCUGAUGCCAUCUGUAAUGGACAGGUCAUGCCAGGGGCAACCAGCAUGGACAUGAUCGACUCCUCACCUGGACCAGGGGGCAAGGAGUCUGAGGAGUUGUUCUUCCGGGCGUUGUGUCUGUGCCACACGGUACAGGUGAAGGAGGAGGAGACAGUGGAUGGCAUCAAGAUGGGUAUCCACCAGAACAAGGCCACCUCCUUCUACAUAUCAUCCUCUCCUGACGAGGUGGCACUGGUGGAGGGCAUGAAGAGGCUUGGCUUCACCUAUCUGCGGCUGAAGGACAGUCACAUGGAGAUUCUUAAUAGGGAGGAUGAGGUCGAGAGGUUUGAGCUGCUGGAGGUUUUGACCUUUGACUCUGUGAGAAGGAGAAUGAGUGUUAUCGUCAGGUCCACCACAGGGGAGUACUACCUGUUCUGUAAAGGGGCCGACUCCUCCAUCUUCCCCAGGGUGAUCUCUGGCAAGGUGGAGCAGGUCAAAGCCAGAGUGGAGCACAACGCUGUGGAGGGCCUACGGACACUGUGCGUGGCGUACAGGAAGUUGAGCGUGGCUCAGUACGAGGAGACGUGUCACCUGCUAAACAGUGCCAAGCUGGCCCUGCAGGACCGAGACAGGAAGCUGGCCGAGGCCUAUGACCUCAUUGAGAAGGACUUCGUACUGCUGGGGGCCACCGCCGUGGAGGACAGGCUCCAGGACAAGGCAGCAGACACCAUCGAGUCUCUCCAGAAGGCUGGGAUGAAGGUGUGGGUGCUGACCGGAGACAAGAUGGAGACGGCGGCGGCUACUUGUUACGCUAGCAAGCUGUUCCGCCGCUCCACACAGAUACUGGAGCUGACCACCAAACGCACCGAGGAACAGAGUCUACAUGACGUUCUGUUUGACCUGAGUAAAACUGUACUCAGACAGCAUGGUAGCAUGACCAGAGACACCUUCUCAGGUCUGUCUGCUGACUGUGUGGACUACGGUCUGAUCAUCGACGGGGCCACGCUGUCUGCGGUGCUGAAGCCCAGUCAGGAGGACUCCAGUCAGGGGAACUACAAGGAGAUCUUCCUGGAGAUCUGUAGGAACUGCAGCGCUGUGCUCUGCUGCCGCAUGGCUCCCCUCCAGAAAGCACAGAUUGUGAAGCUGAUCAAAUCGUCUCCAGAACACCCCAUCACGCUAGCCAUUGGAGACGGGGCUAAUGAUGUUAGCAUGAUCCUGGAGGCUCACGUGGGCAUCGGCAUCAUGGGUAAAGAGGGUCGCCAGGCAGCGCGGAACAGCGACUAUGCCAUCCCGAAGUUCAAACACCUGAAGAAGAUGCUGCUGGUUCACGGACACUACUACUACAUCCGCAUCUCAGAGCUUGUCCAGUACUUCUUCUACAAAAAUGUCGCCUUCAUCUUCCCUCAGUUCCUCUACCAGUUCUUCUGUGGCUUCUCCCAACAGCCGCUGUAUGACACAGCCUAUCUGACACUGUACAAUAUCAGCUUUACCUCUCUACCCAUCCUGCUCUUCAGCCUCAUCGAGCAGCACAUCAACAUGGACAUCCUCAAGAAAGACCCCUCCCUCUACAGGGACAUAGCUAAGAACUCUCUCCUGCGUUGGCCCAUUUUCAUCUACUGGACCUUCCUGGGGGUGUUCGACGCCGUCGUCUUCUUCUUUGGUUCUUACUUCCUGUUCAACAACAGCACCUUCACCAGCAACGGACAGCUAAUGACAACCAACACACAGAUGAUGUUUGGUAACUGGACGUUUGGGACUCUGGUCUUCACAGUGCUGGUGUUCACAGUCACCUUAAAGCUUGCCAUGGACACACACUACUGGACGUGGAUCAACCACUUUGUCAUCUGGGGCUCGCUGCUUUUCUUCGUCAUCUUCUCUCUGCUAUGGGGAGGCAUCAUUUGGCCCUUCCUGAACUACCAGAGGAUGUACUAUGUGUUUAUUCAGAUGUUGUCCAGCGGUCCGGCCUGGCUCAGCAUCAUCCUGCUCAUCGUCACCAGUUUGCUGCCUGACGUGGUCAAGAAGGUCGUCUGCAGGGCCCUGUGGCCCACCACCACAGAACGCAUCCAGAAUGCAGACAAGCUGUAUAACGGCCAGCUAUCGGAGUUCACCCCGCUGGCAUCUCUCCACGCGCCCACGCGCAGGAGGGCCGACCACCAGAACCCCAUUCCCAGAAGGUCUGAACCCUUCACCAAAAAACUCAUGUUUACCCACUGGAGGAGCGGGCCCGACUACUGCACUUUCACCCCACUCCUCCGAUUCGCCGGCAACUCCCGUCACUCUGGGGCUGGCUACGCCCACAAUGGGGCAGGGCCUGAGACCUCGGUGUAGUCUAGAGUGGAGUUUAGUCUGAUUUAGACUGGAAGUCUAGACCAAGAUUUCAGUGUUGAGUGGUCACUGGAACAAUCUGUCCUCUAGACAAUAGAUACCUAAUCUAGACACUUACAGUUACCAAUGUCAUUGUGAAAAAGCAAACAAACACCAAAUACACACAGAAGGACGAUCCACAUGAUCCACAGUCCUACGGCUGUGUUGUGUUAGCACAAGGAGCUGAGUGAACUGAACAGUCUUGGCUCCAGGCAAGCAGUGCCUGUGGAUUGGUGGAAAGGGCCUUGGCUCCACCCAUUAAUGCCUACUGUGGGUCAGUGAUGAUGUCAUUUGAAGUGUCAUAAAGCAGGGAUGCCCAGUAUGAAUGGAAGAUGUUCAGAGGUAUUGCAUGUGCUUUAACUGACCACACUUUCCUGUUUUUCUUUUGUCUUGUCUUUUCCUCUCUUCCUCUCUCUUUCUGUCCUGCUCUAUAGAACAAACUGGUGUUGCCUCUGUGCAUAUCUCUUAUCCAGGAACACCCCAUAAGACACUAGUCUUUUCCAGUUCAGUUGUAAGUGGCUAGGCCGUGAUAGUGGUUUAUCUCUACUGGACUAGAGACAGUUCUGUGUGUGUAGCAUCCCGUGUCAUAGACUGUCCUUGUGUCUACUGUGGAGUGAUGUGAUUAUACCUCCAUUCCCCCUUGUAACCGUCCCAUUUCCUGACAUGGAAGCUGAGGCAUCCUGCCUCACGUAGUGCUAAGGACCCACAGUGGGAAACCAGUAUGCAUGGGAAUCCUUUUCCGCCUUAACAUCUACACAGUGUUUCCUUUGAAAUACACAGUAGUCUGGAACCAAAGGCUCAGAAAAUACUUUUUCAAUGGCUUGCCUUGCUGGUUAUUGCCUUACACUGAGACUGGGUGGGACAGAGGAAGGUGGACAGUAUUAGAUAGGAGAGAGAACCUACUUUGUUUCUGGGCUUUAACGUUGUCCA